CUCCUCAAGCACGUCCGGUCCCAGCGGCACCAGCUCCCGCUGCCCUACGAGCAGCUCGCCUACUUCUGCCGGCGGGCGGCGCAGGAUGGAGAUGUGAUUAAGAAGCCACACUCCAUGGACCUGGCAAGCAAGAAGUGCCAGCAGGUGCUGAUGGAGAUGGAGGGAGUGCUCCAGCACUUGGAAGUCAUGUUUAGUUUGACACCGGUUCCUCGGGUUCUUAUUCUACUUGGAGGCAAUGUCAUGAGCCCCAAGGAGCUCUAUGAGCUCAACUUGGAGGGUAUCUAUGAGGGCAGUACUGAGGAGAGCCUGAAAACUGCAUCCUGUGUUCGCAAGCUCUUUCACUCGCUCUUUGUUGCGGAUGUCUUCAGUGAACUUAAGGCUCUUCCUGUGAUGGGCACGGUUGUUAUGCUCCAAGGACACCGCGAUUGUGGUGUUGAUUGGUUCCGGCCCAAGCUCAACUAUAAAGUGCCGACCCGAGGGAGGAAAUUAACUGUUAACUUGUCCUGUGGUGGAGACAUCAACAUAAGUGCCUCGCCUCCUCAGCGUAUGACUUCUACUUGGGAGGACUAUGUGUGGUUUCAAGCACCUGUGACGCUCAAAGGCUUUCAUGAAUGA